AUAUUUUUUCGCUAGCAUCAUAUGCAGGUAUCACUUCCGUACAACUCCGAAGUGGGAGGUAGGUCGACGAUUUUCAAGUUCUUUGGAAUGGACAUCAGGGUGGUUUGGACUUAAAAUUGAAGAGUUAUGGAUCAGCAUAAAUAGUUCACAGUUGACUAAAUGCUCUCCGUAGAGAGCCAGUCCACCAUGGCAGGCUGGGACACCCAGAACUCGUCCGCAUUUUACCCAUGGAGUCGGAGCCACGCCCCUUCCAGCCAUGCCCCUGCAAGCCUCCCCCCUUCAGGCCGCGCCCCAGCAAGCCACACCCAAACGUCUUCAAGCCAUGUCCCUACAAGCCACGCCCCUUCCGGCCACGCCCCCGUCAGCCACAACCCUGCCCAUGAGGACUUUGUCUCCAAGUACCUGCGGAGCCACACCCUCCAGGCAAACACCAACUCGGACGACAGUUUGCACCACACAAUGCACCACAGUUGGCGCUCGGGCCUGCUGUUCACGUCGCCUCGCUCUGGCCGAAGGGUGUCCCAAACAUUCGGACCCUCGUUUUGCAAUAAGGACAAUUUGGAACAGUGUGUGUCAUAUCUGGACCAGGAGAUGACGGUCCUUGGUUUCCCGAGUCUAUAUGCCGCCUCGGACCGGAACCAGUCUGGGCCGUUUGAUAUCGUGCAAUUAGUCAACUGCUGCUAUGAACUCAUGCAAAGACACCAGCAACACCUCAAUAAACGAGAAGAAAUGGAGACAAAACAGAUGCGAUGCGACUCUGACCUGGAGCAUCUACAGUCCAGCCACGGCCGGCUAAAGGAACGACUAGAACAGGUUGAACGAGACAACGUAGCGCUGACGGAGAAAGACCGACAGCAUCUUAACCAGAACAAAUCCAUUGCUGCAAAACUCAAGAAUACUAGAGAAGAGAUGAAGAAGCUUGAGAGUAUUGUCAAGCACCGCGACACGCAGUUCAAGCACGACCUGAAGAAGAAAGAACGAGAAAUCAAUAAGAUGAAGGAGAGGAUACAUCAACUGCUGACAGACAAGAAUCAAGAAAGAAGAAUAGGAAUGGACAUAUUGAACUCACUGCAGCGGGCCGACGGUAAGAGAGCAACAUGGAAAACUGGCAAAACGGGUACAAAGCAUGAGGAGGAGAUGUAUCGAUUGAUCAUCACAAAUUACGAGGAGAGACAAAAGGAGAUGAUGUUGGAGAACCAGGUCCUGAGAGAGUCUUUAAGCAACAUGCAGAAGGAGCUGGUGGAUCUCCUCAAUCGACAAGGAGACAAGGGACUGCUAUCCAGUCUUGGUGACAACAGUGACCACGAGGAUGACACGACGUCAGUGGACGAUUCCUCCGUGGACGAGCUCAGCCACGGCCACUUCCAGAUGCCCUUCGAGAUGGUCCGGGAAGGCAUCGAAACCAGCCUAAGAAGCAAAUGGCAGAAAUUACGGGAACGCAUCCAGCGCAUGGAGAAAGAACAACAACAGAUGGCCGGGGGGAUGGGCGGAGUCGGGGUCGGAGGGGGUGAGAAUAAGGAGAACGCCGCAAACCCCAAUGUGCCGGGAAAUAACAACGGUCCGUCCACUGAGCUCUUGGAGGAAGAGAUCACACGAUUGAAAGAUAAAGUCAAGGUGUAUCACGAUAUCAUCCAACAGCAAGAGCAGGUAUUACAGACCGUGCAGGAUAGCAGUAUGGACGAGGGGCUGAUGGCUCUGCUGAAAGACUCGCAGUUUCUUGAGGAGAAAGAAUGUAUCGCGGAGGAGAAGAAGCUUUUCUAUCAGCAGAAGGCGGCGUUUGAGAAAGAGCGGAGGAAUUUCACCGACGCGGCCAUCAGGCUUGGUCACGAGCGUAAGAAGUUUGAGGAGGAGCGGGGUAGUUUCCUCCAGCAGCAGUUGAUGCUGAGCCCCACUGGCAUGCAGGGCUCCACGCCACCUCUCCGACCGCCCAAGUCCAUCAACACCUCUAGUAGUCCUAGUGGCUUUGCAGCCGAGCACGCACCUUCGACGCCUCCCAACGAGAGGACUCCAGUAGGACAACGAACCAUCAUCAACACCCCAACAACGGUGGAGCUGUACCGCGCCUUGAAGCUCAUCCCUGACAGAGGGGAAUGUCUAAACUCAUCCAGAGAGAGCCUGCACGCACCGAGUUACUACUCGGACACCGACCGGUCGGGCGCCAGCACGCCACGUUCUGGAGCGGCCACUCCACGAUCAAUGUGCAGUCAGAGUAGCGGUGUUAGUAGCAGUCGACGGACGUCCAAUCAGACGGGUAGUAGCCAAAGAGGAGGCGGUCGGUCAGUGGAGCAGAAACAGAGUCUGAGGAGUUCGCCUCACCACUCCCAUCGGAGUAAGAAAGGGGAGGGGCUUGGCAAGAGAAAGUGAGACACGGGAAGGAAAUUAGCAAAGUUGUGAUGUAGUCAAUCACAAGGCAAUCAUAAGGCAAUCACAAGGCAAUCUCAGAUCUAUCAUAAGCUAAUCUCAGAUCAAUCACAAGUCAAUCUCAGAUCAGUCC